CCGAGAGGCCGCCGGCGCCGGGCGCCUAGAGCGGUCCCGGAAGCGCUCGGGGCGGGGCCUCGGCCGACUUCCGGCCGCGGCGUGCGGGCGGCCGUAUGGGCUUUGUCGGCGGCGGUGGCUUCGCCGCGGGCGUGUGGGUUCUAACCUAGGAACUUGUGACAAGAAGGUGACUCUGGAGCCUGAAUUUCUGAGGAUGGAAAUUUGCCUAAAACCAUUUCAGAAACACUCACAAUGAUGGAGCCCCCUGCCUCUGAGUCUGGGGCAUUCCCUGAACCCAGAUUAGGGGGACUUUUGGGAAACCCCGAAAGGCAGAAUCUGCGGAGCUGCUCCCCUCAGGAGGGCAGUUUCAGGGGAGUGACUGUUACCCAUUGGAAAAUCCAAGCAGGAGAUGCGGCUCGAGCGAGCAAUAAAUCAGGAGAAGGCCCCGUUCUGAGCUCAAACCUCCUCCUCCUCCAGAGAGAUCUUGUGGAAGGGGAAGCUCACCAUUGUGAGACUUGUGGCAAAAGCUUCACAUUUAAUUCCGAUCUAGUUAGACAUCAGAUUUCUCAUGCUGGGGAGAAACAUUACAGAUGUGAGCAGUGUGGGAAAAGCUUCAGCCAGAGCUCCCAUCUUGCUGAGCAUCAGAGAGCUCACACUGGAGAAAGACUCUAUGUGUGCAACAUGUGUGGGAAGGACUUCAUUCACUAUGCAGACCUCGCUGAGCACCAGAGAGCACAUGCAGGAGGAAAGCCAUUCCGAUGUAUGCAGUGUGGGAGAGCCUUCCAUCACAGCUCUGACCUGGUUCGGCACCAGCGAGUUCACACUCGGGAGAGGCCUUUUGAAUGCAAGGAAUGUGGGAAAGGCUUCAGCCAGAGCUCUUUGCUUAUUCGCCAUCAGAGAAUUCACACAGGAGAAAGACCCUAUGAGUGUAAUGAGUGUGGAAAAUCCUUCAUUAGGAGCUCAAGCCUUAUUCGACAUUAUCAGAUCCACACAGAAGUGAAACAGUAUGAAUGUAAGGAGUGUGGGAAGGCCUUCCGUCAUCGCUCAGACCUCAUUGAACAUCAGAGGAUUCACACUGGAGAGAGGCCCUUUGAAUGUAACGAAUGUGGGAAAGCCUUUAUUCGGAGUUCAAAGCUUAUUCAGCAUCAGAGGAUCCAUACUGGGGAAAGGCCUUAUGUGUGCAAUGAGUGUGGGAAGCGCUUCAGCCAAACAUCAAACUUUACCCAGCAUCAGAGAAUUCACACUGGAGAGAAACUCUAUGAAUGUAAUGAAUGUGGGAAAGCUUUCUUUCUGAGUUCGUACCUUAUUCGACACCAGAAAAUCCACACUGGAGAGAGAGUGUAUGAAUGUAAGGAAUGUGGGAAAGCUUUUCUCCAGAAAGCCCAUCUCACUGAACAUCAGAAAAUCCACACUGGGGAUCGGCCCUUUGAAUGUAAGGACUGUGGAAAAGCUUUCAUUCAGAGCUCCAAGCUGCUACUACAUCAGAUUAUUCAUACUGGAGAAAAGCCCUAUGUGUGUAGUUACUGUGGGAAAGGCUUUAUUCAGAGGUCAAACUUUCUUCAACACCAGAAAAUCCAUACUGAAGAGAAACUCUAUGAAUGUAGUCAGUAUGGGAAAGAUUUCACCUCGACCCCAAACUUUAAAAAUAAUCAAGGUGUUCACCAAGAGGGAUUUCCCUUGAGUAAGACUCCCAUACAUUUGGGUGAGAAGUCUGCAAGUCAGGGGGAGCAUACAGAUAACAUAAAAUAAUUAUUCUCCAACUCAGUGAGAUGUGUCAGCGUUUUCCAACGUCCUAGACAGGGCUGCUUUCGGAGUGGGCUGUCACUGCUGUACAGCAGCACUGGGCUGCUGUCCUCCACGAGGAAUGUGUGAAGUCAGGAGAGCCACAUGACUGGACAGCUGACUUUGAGCUGGAACAAUGCUGGGGGUGGGUGGCUAGGUCUCAAAGAAGGUUUCUACGUUUUAUUGCACAAUUACAAUUCACCCGAGUUAAAAAUGCUUUUUAAAGCUUAACUAUGUAUCUAUUCUUAGUACUUAAGAAUGUCACAUGGUAAAUUUUGACCUAUCCAAAAGGCAGGUUGGAGAAAGAUGUUUGUUAUUUAAAACUACAAAUUGGAAAAAAAAAACAAACAAACUACAAAUUGGUUCCCCUUGUCCUUAGGAUAAUUUCCCAGCUCCCAGUCCAGCUCUCAAAGGCAUUUUGCUUCUUGGAGUUCCAUCUCCCACGGCUUAACCACCUGCCACAUGGUUGGCGCUGCAGCAACACUAACUGCUUGACAUUCCCACUUACCCAAGUUGCACCUGCCUCCUUCUCUUUGUUUGAAUGCCCUCUGCUCCACACCUGGUUGACUCCUCAUGAUGAAUCAGGACCCAUCUCAGGCAUCAUGUCAGGCUCAGCCAGCUGCCCUUCCUCUGUGCUUGUGUUGUUAGUGAGCACUUCUGUUCUGGUGCUUACUUUCGUAUAUAAAGAUUAGGUUUUUAUCUACUAUCUUUUUCAUUAUUACACUACUAAUUUCUUAAGGACCUGGUCAUAGCUGAUUGGUUUAUGUGUCCCUGGUAUCCAGUGCAAGGCAAUAGAAAGUACACCCCAAGUCUAUGUGUAAUUGGUACCUCUUUUGCUUUGUCCAUUCUGUACUGCUAUCAUUUAAAUUUUUGGAUUUUGUUGUUUGGUAAGAGUAUGAUUUACUGGUUUACUGGAAAUAUCUUCUCUUGCAGCCCUGUAGUCUUCUGCUUAUAUGUAACUUAGAAGUUGUAACGAGUAACCCAGUGGAAGACUAGCACACCUCAUAUUUAUGCCUUCACAACUCACCCAUGACCAACUACUUGCUUUUUGGGAGUGUUGUCUUCACCUGGUUGCUUGUGUAUCGUUCUAAGCCACUUAAGGGGCACCCAGUCCCAGUGUGCCGCUCAAGGUUUUCUGUCUCAGCAGUUCUGUGAUUGACUUCAUCUCUUCUGGUCACUUCCUCUGUUUUCUGGCUCAUUUUGUCAUUUACCUGAAAAUGUAUUGAUCUGGAAGACCAGGGCUGAACUGUGAGAAACAGAUGGAAUCAUUGGGUUUGAUGGGGAAGACAAAGAUCACCUCACAGAGUUAAGUGCUGAAGUAGAGGUUCCACAUUGCAUAGGAACAUAGGUAAGAACAGGACUGAUCUGUGUGGAGGAUCUGGGCCAGCUUCAUAGAAGAGGUGACACUGGAACUGAGAGAGAGCUGUGGCAGUUAGAGAAGAGAAUGACCUGGGAGAGGAAUCUGCAGAUACCAGGAGGUGCAGCAUACACCUUUUUAGAUGUAGUUCACAGUAGAUAACAAUCUACACAAAUUUGAGUUGCUGCAUCUGAUUUUUUUUUUCUUCUGAACAUGAACCAAAACAACCAGUUUUGAAAUGACAUGUACCAGUUUUUUUUUUUUGCCUGUGAGGGCAUGUUUGAGUUUUUAAAUUGAAGCAACACUAGAAGCCUUCAGGGGGUAAGUGAUAAACAGGGGCAUACAGUACUACAUCUGAAAAACUCAUUACUAGAGAUGCUUCAAAUGAUACAGAAGAGAGAUUACCAGACCAUUUUGAUCAACGUCAGUGACAUCUAGUUUCCAUACAGUAAAACACCUAUUUGAAGUGUACAGAGUUUUGAGAAACCAUUUAUCUGUGUAACCACCAUUAGGAUAAAGAAAAAUAACAUUCUUAUCACCCAAUAAUAUUCCCUUUUGCCCCUUCCCAGUUAAUCUCACCCUAGUCCCAAGUACCCUCUUUGGGUCCGUGUAGAUUAGAGUCGCUUGUAGGGCCUCACAUAAAUGGACCCAUACAGUAUGUAAUUCUGUGUGUCUUGGCUUUUGCUUUGGCAUGUUUUAAAGACUCAGCCGAGUAGUUAUGUGUUUGGGUAUCUCUGCUGAGUAGUGUUCUGUUGUACGGACAAACCUUUGUUAUUCAUCCACUGUGUUGAUAGAAAUUGGUUUCCAGAUUUGGCUCUUAUGAAUAAAACUGCUAUGAGAAUUUGUGUAAAAAUAUGUAUUUGGACAUGCCUCUUUAUUUCUCUUGGGUUAAUGCCUAGGAAUUAAAUUUCUGGAUUAUAAGCGUGAUUUUAACCUAUAAUAAAUUGCCAAAAUAUUCUCCAUAGUGGUUGUACCAUUUUACAUGACCUGAGCUGAAAACAAGAGUCAGACACGUAACCAACCGAGCCACUCAGGUGCCCCUGAAAAAGUAUUUUCUGGUUUCUUGUGAUGUUUUCUUUGACUAUUAUGUAUGUAGAAGUCUGUUUAAUUUCCAAAUACUUGGGGCAAUUUUCAGAUAUUUUUAUUACUGAUUUCUAAUUUAACUCCAUUAUAUAAUAGGACACCAUACUCUGUAUACUAAUAUUUUUAAAUCCAGGACUUGUUUUAUGGCCCAGAUGGUACCUUAUCUUGAUAAAUGUUCCCUUUGUGCUACACCGUUGUUUGCGUGAGUAUUCUGUGCAUGGCGCUUAGGUCACAUUGUCUGAUGGUUUUGUUCAGGUUUCCUGUAUCUUUCCUGAUUUUCUUUCUACUUUUCUAUCACAGAGAAUGUUGAACUCCUCAAUUAUAAAUGUGGAGUUUAAGGGGCCCCUGGGUGGCUCAGUAGUUGAGCCUCUGCCUUUGGCUCAGGGUGUGAUCUCACUGUCCAGGAUCAAGUCCCACUUUGGGCUCCCUGCACAGAGCCUGCUUCUCCCUCUGUCUCUCUCUCUCUGUGUGUCUUUCAUGAAUAAAUAAAAUCUUUUUAAAAAAUGGAGUUUUUCCUCCUUUAAUGUCAACUUUUAUGCAUUUUGCAGCUCUCGUUUUGGGUACCUAAACAUUUAGAAUUGCUGGUGUUUUAAUGACUAUCUCUGGGGGUUUUAUAAAUACAUUUUUAAAGAUUUUUAAAUUACACAGAGGCAAAGACAGGCAGAGGGAGAAGCAAGCUCCAUGCAGGGAGCCUGUUGUGGGACUCGAUCCCAGGACUCCAGGAUCAUGAUCUGAGCCAAAGGCAGACGCUCACUGAGCCACCCAGUUGCCCCUCUGGUGUUUUUUAGAAAACCUGAAAUCCACUGUGUCUGAUAUUAAUGCAUUUGUUUUGGUGUUAUGAUUAGUGCUUCCAGGAUAUAAUUGUUACUUAACCUAUGUAUGUCAGUAUAAUUAAAGUGUAUUUCUUGGA